UAAACAGCUAAUUCUAGUUGUCCACUGGUCGUGUGUGCAGAUAUUUUGACAAACCACUAGUAAGACUUGUCGCAAUAACUAUGACACGAGUGAAAUUUUGUACACUUGAACAGGGGUACAUAAUUAGUAGCACGUGACAAGUAUACUGAAGUAUAUCGAAGGAAUAUAAUCUUAUCAGUUUCGUUAAAGGACAAAGAAGUAUUCUGCACCUCACACAAUAUGUGUACUCCUUGUAUGUUUAGAAAUGAAUCAAUGGAACCUAUUUGUUGGUGCAUGGAUUGUAAAGAAGGACUUUGUGUGUAUUGCAGUAACCAUCACAGAUCAUCAAAAGCUUUAAAACGGCACGACCUUGUUACUUUUAAGGAUCGUCGAUCAAUACCUGAAUUUGCACAAUCUGUCCAGGAAACCUGUUUUGAACACGAACGAAGUUUUGACUUUUUCUGUUGUGAUCAUCAAGAAUAUCAUUGCAUUAAAUGCAGCACAUUAGAUCAUAAGACCUGUAAUAGUGUUUUGCUACUCGAAGAUGUUGUAAGAAACGCGAAAUCAUCUGUAGCUUUCUGUCAUAUUGAAGAAGGCUUGAAUGUUCUACUUUCAAAAAUUGAAACGAUUUUGAAUAAAUCAAGAGAAGACAUUAGCAACAUAAAUGUACAAGUAAACGAAAUAAGCAAUAAUGUUAAUGAAAUGAGAACUCAGAUACACAAGAAAUUAGACGAAGAUAUAGGAGAAUUUUUACGUAAGUUGGACGAGCUAAAGUCGGAAAGCAAAACCAAAGCGCAUGAAACAAUAAGAGGGCUGAAGGAAAAACUCAAUGUCAUUCAAGACUUAAAGGCAAGCGUGGCACUUUUGAAAGAAAACGGAACAGAAUUACAAGUAUAUUUAUCUCUAAAAACACUUGGAAUCAAACUUAUCAAAAGAAGAAAACAAUUUAACAACAAACAUAUAAAAUGGUCAGUAUGACAGUGUAGAGUUUGUGUUUAAUCUGGCAAAUGACACUCCAAGUCUUAGCUUAGUUGGUAAAGUUGGCGAAAUUGAGGUUAAGCAGAAACCAUUAAAAGUCAACUCUGGAGGCAUGGGUCAAAGUGUGAAAUUAUCGAGAAAAAUCAAAGAAAAAGAGCCAUUCACCAGUGAUGAGGUUUUACAGAAAUACCGACCCUCUUUGGCUGUUGUAGCAAGACUUUGUCUUAUCUGUGUUUAUCUUCUUGACUGUAUAAAGGUUGGUCUAAAAUGGUCUGAUGAUAGACAAUAUAUAUGGUUAUAUCAUAGUAGGAUUUUUCACCAGGACCAUUUAUUAAGUAUGGUCAUUUUCGGACAAAUAGCAGGCUGUCUCAUGGUUAUUCUACGACGAAAGAUAAAGAUUGGAUGUCUGAUUUUGUCAUUGGUGAAAGUAUCUCAGAUAUACCUACUAUCAAAAGAUGAUGAAACUCCAUUUUUCAGGGCAAUUACUAUAUGUGGAAUUAUACUGAUGGCCUAUGCAGAUGUUCCAGGAGGAAAGAGUUUGUUUGCAGGUUCACCAUCCUCCUUUUUUGUGGGAAACUGGAAAUCGAAAAUGACAGGAAAGAUUCUAGUACUUUGGAUGUACUUUCCACUAUUGUUUGAGAACAUUGAAACGCCUGGUUGGAUACUUUUGGAUUCAAAUAAACAGUUACUGUGA